AUGGAGCCAAGAGCACAAGAGGCAUUUGACCGAUUGAAAGAAGCACUCCUUCAGGCCCCAGCCCUGUCUCUGCCGGACCCAGAGAAACCUUUCGCCCUUUUCAUAGAUGAAAGGAAGGGAGUCGCUAAAGGGGUCUUGGCCCAGCAGUUGGGUCCAUGGAAAAGACCGGUGGCUUAUUUAUCUAAGCGACUGGACCCUGUGGCCUCAGGAUGGCCAUCCUGCCUACGCAUCCUGGCAGCCAUCGCCCUGUUGGUCAAGGAAGCCGACAAGCUGACAUUUGGACAAGACUUGAAGGGGCUUUUAUUAGACUCGUCCCGAAUUACCUUCUCGGCCCCAGUAACUUUAAAUCCAGCCACACUCUUGCCAGACCCAGACCUGUCCGCCCUGGCCCAUGAUUGUAGAGAUGUCCUAUCUGAAGUCUGCCAGACUCGGAUAGAUCUGAGGGACACAAGGGUACCAAACAUGCACGUUCACGGUGCCAUCUACCGAGAGAGAGGGUUCCAGUCUGCUGAAGGAAAAGAACUAAAGAACUUACAGGAAGUCCAGAGACUAUUGAGAGCUAUAGAAAAACCCAGGGCAGUGGCAGUCAUACACGUGCCUGGACACCAAGUCAAGAAGACUCCUGAGGCCAUUGGUAACAACCUUGCAGACACGGAAGCCAAAAGAGUGGCCCUCUCCAGUCCUGGAGAUCCAGUUGUACUAGCCGCCCUAGAGGUACCGAUACCAGAACUGCCUACUCUGCCCCCCAAACCUGAUUAUUCUCCACAGGAUCUAGAGUGGAUAAAGAAGCGAGCACCGGAGGGGAGGACUGGGGAAGGAGGUUGGAGCCGGGACCAGGAAGGCAGGUUGAUUCUACCAGAAAUAUUAGGGAAAUACAUGUUAACUAAUUUACACAGAUCUACCCACUUAGGUUGGAAGAAGUUGCUUACUCUUUUCCAAAAUGCACAGCUGGUUUUCCCACAUCAGACUAAAGCAGCAAGACUGAUCACGGGAAGUUGCAACAGCUGUGCGAAACUUAGACCAGCCCCAAAGGAGCUCCACCCAACUGGUAGCCGGGAGAGGGGGAGGGCACCGGGAAGGUAUUGGGAGAUAGACUUCACUGAGGUAAAGCCAGGUUGACGGUAUUGCUUCUUGGGUACAUCACACCCACGUUCGUAAAGCAUCACCUCACCAAGACUCAGAGCUCGACAUAAAGACGUGGAAAGUGUGGAAAGAUCCAAACAACCCUCUAAAGAUACGG